CGAUAACCGUGGACAACAAGCGUGGGUGUGCAGAUUGAUUCUAGUCUGAUCACUCUGAUGUCUGAUUAAAGAGGAAUGCUGCACCAUUAGUUGAGAGGACUAGAUCCGUAAUAGAGCUUGACCAAUUUCAAGAAGCGUUGAACAGGAGUUGUUGCACUUGCAGUCAUGGACUCGCACAAUGAGAUGUACCCUCAGCGGUUUGCCAUGCAUCGUAACAAUGUACUAAAGUGGGAUUACAAGCUGAAUCUGGUAGGAAGGAAGGAUCCUGAUCCCAAAAUUCACAACUGUGAGAAAUGUAGCUUUCCUAUCAUGUCAUAUGGGAGAAUGAUUCCAUGCAAACAUGUGUUUUGCUUUGACUGUGCCAAGGCUACAGACAAAAGUUGUUUAAGAUGUGAAGAUCCUGUACAGCGAAUAGAGCAGUCUCCUCUGGGUAGCAUAUAUCUCUGUGCUUAUGGAGCGCCUAAGCAUUGUCAUACCGGAUGCCGCAGAACUUACCUGUCACAAAGAGAUCUCUUGGCCCACAUCCACCAUCGUCAUUUGCCAAAACCUAUGACUCAGGUAGCAUCAUCAACUGCUUCAGCUGUAAAGGAUCAAAGUCACAGUACAAUGUCCAGAGUGACGGAUCCAAGAACCGAAUCCAAGGGUGACCCUCGAAGUCAUCAGCCGUAUGUUUCCUCCCACUCGGAACUAUACCCUGGUCCAACUCCUGCACAGGCUUCCCACAUCAUGCCAGAGCAAAUGCCGUAUGAACCACGUCCAUCAGAGCCAACAAGUAGCCAAAGUGGACCCGAGGAUUACCACGUCAGCGUGCCAGUGCGGAAGUCCAACCUCAUCACUGUCCCGCUGCAUGACAGUAGCAAAGACUACCAGCAGUCCUCUCAGGUCCAUGGUGCAGUUUCAUCCUACCCAUCACAAGCUCCUAUAGUCCCUGUCCAGCAGCAGCAGCAUCAAGGCCCACCCCCACCUCCUCCACCGCAACAUGUGGCCUACCCUCCGCAUCUGCCUCCAUCUACUGCUGUCCCUCACGUGCCCAUCUCUCAUCCACCCCCUGUGUCUGGUUCGUACACGGGGCCACCAAUCAGCGGACACCAAGUGAUGCACAUCAUGCAUCCCCAGCAAGCUCCAGUAUACAGUCAGGGAGGCGUCCCACCACCCCCAAUGAACCCCCACUAUGACAGUACCCCGCGACCUUCUUUCCAAUCAAACACUCCCAUCCCGGUGGGCAAUGCACCAUUCCCAGCCCCUGGGGUACCAAUACCCAGGCCGGGUUGGCCAGUCGGUCCUCCCCCUACUUCUAGUAUGCCCCCUCCCCCGCAAACAAACAUGCCACCCCCACCACCCCCUUCUCAAGUACCAACCAUGGUGAAUCAGGUACCCUCCAUGCCACCUCCACAAGCUCCGCCAGGUGCUCGGCCUGAAAUGGGACCGCCGCCGCCUCCUAUGGGACCCCCCAUGACCGAAGCACCUCGUUAUCAUGGCCAGUACUUCUCAUGAGUCAACAAUGAUGCAAAAGACACAAUACAACUAAUUUGUGAAAUAUGUGUUAUUAUAGCUGUGUAAAUAUAAUUAUGUAGUUUGGAUAACUACCUGUCAGCUUUGGAAAGCUUGACUCUAAAGUCCUUGUUUCAUAUUCAGAAUAAGUUCUGAAUGGAAUGACAAUGUCUGCAAUGAAUCUUGAUUUUAUUUGUGGGUGAAGUGAUAGAUUUGGUUAAAGAUUACCCAUUUAAAUUAAACUUUAUCUACUGAAUAAUCUUUUAUAUGCAGUUAAGAAUACAAGUAUUGUGGGAACAAAAGAUCAUGCACUGUACACCUUACGACCUGACUGGUCUGCGACUGGGUAAGGGGAGAUGUGACGUCACAGCUCUUGUCAGCUUGA